CCCGCAGAUUCCAUGUGACAGCCACCCUCGAUACAGCCGCAUACAAAAAACGAAUACACAGAAUACACCAGGAGCGAAGACAUAAAGCCCAGAUGGGGGGCCGAUACAUAAGCUGCCUGCCUCAUACACGCGUGACAACUAAGCUGUCCCUCUCCUCAGCAUUCCCCUUGUUGAAGUAGCUCCCGUACGCUCCUGGCCGCAGAUGUUCGACGAACAGAAAAUGGACCCUGCACCGAGGCAAGAAAGUCACGGAAACAGUGCAUUAAUGCACAAUGAAUGCAAUUGAAUUUGGUUGGAGACUCACUUACUCACCUGUCGAUAACACAGAGCCUGAGAAUGAUCCAACACGUGAUCCAACUCGAGAGACUGACAAAGAAAGACACCACGUUCGUCAAAACCUCGUUCUUCCCCAUUGGCUCCCAUAACCCCAUCAUCGAUAGGGCUAACGACACGGCAGCCGACUGCACAGCAUUACAGACCAGAAAAGUAAUGAAAUAAGAGGGCACCGGCAGGCCGGUCUGUAUACAUGCCAUUCCUCUCCAUCAGGUGAUCAAUCUCACGCCGUUUCCACGCACACACGGCCACAGCAGCGCGAUUGCGAUGGGCGACGGAAUAAGUGACGUACCAAAUCGGACCCACAGCACACCAUAGAACAGCAGAUGUGCCAGCGACCACAUGGAGAUCAGCACAUAGUAAGCCCCCUCGCGUACAUAGAACAACGAUCCAGCAGCAGCAGCAGCAGAAGCGCGUCGGUGCCGCAACCGCAAUAGCACCUCUCGUGUGGCCUGGUGCACCUUCUCACCCUUGAUCAGGCAGUAAGGCAGGAAGACCAAAGACAUCAAGAUCAACGACAGCAAGAAGGACACCCACUUGACGCCGCACGCUGCCACAUUAGCAUCCCAUAUGCCGCGAAGUCCGCCAGCUGUCGUCCAAAGGUCACGGCCGAGCACUCGAAGCAUGGCGGCAAGCGUAAUGAUAAGCGCAACAGCCAUCCGCAGACCACACCGAAGCGAAGAGCUGCCCCCAUGCCGUCGCCCCGCCACCCAGUCGAAGGCGGCGAGAAUGAGGCCGACCAUGAUGGCCGUCGGGAUCACGAAAUGGAGAGGGAGAGCUCUGGCGAGUAUGUUGCUUCUGUCGCAGCUACAGAUGGUUCCCAGCAGCAGCAACACACAGGCCAUCAGGCUGUAGGCGAGAGCGAAGAGGGCGUCAGGGAUGAGGCCGACCGGCAGACAGAACGGACCACGCGGCCCGACGUCAUAAAACCUGAACAACCAGACAUAAGGCCCAAUGCAAAUCACAGCAGAUCCUGUAGCGUACCGCAGACAGACGUCGCACGUCGACUUCCUGUUCCCCGGAGCGCACACCCAUCCCCCCAGACACGCCUUGUGCACCCAUCUGAGAGUGCCCUUGCAGCCACAAGGCGCCAUGAGUAUGCCGGUCUCAGGAGUCUCGACAGAAGCAUCAUGGCAGAAGCGGCACACAGCAGCCGGCUCAGGCUGGGCCAGCCAGGACAGCAUCGCCCUUCUCACCUGGCUGCCGUGAGUGAAGGGACGAUCAGAUCUGACAGACCGACAAGCUCAUGCAUUGUCGUGUGAUUGCCUCAUGCGAUGUGACUAACUCACCGGGAACCGAUACCGAAGCAGAAUUUGUACACACACUGUUGGUGGGUGCCUGUGAGCAGCCCGAAUGCAGCCGCAAUCGAGGAACGGGCGGCGGGAUGGACCAC